AUGAACUCGCAAGGCGCCAGCGACGUGUCGCCCGAGGCUAUGCAGUCGCGAAUCCAGCAGGCUCGCCGAGAAGCUGAGACCCUCAAGGACCGCAUCAAGAGGAAGAAGGAUGACCUCGCCGACACCACCCUCCGCGCUGUUGCGCAACAGGCUCAUGAGCCAAUCCCUAAGAACCAGCUGAUGAAGGCCAAGCGGACGCUCAAGGGUCAUCUGGCCAAGAUCUACGCGAUGCACUGGUCUACCGACCGAAGGCACCUUGUAUCUGCCUCUCAAGAUGGAAAGCUCAUUAUCUGGGACGCCUACACUACCAACAAGGUCCAUGCUAUUCCCCUGCGCUCCUCCUGGGUCAUGACCUGCGCCUACGCUCCUAGCGGCAACUUCGUUGCCUGCGGUGGCCUCGACAAUAUCUGCUCCAUCUACAACCUCAACCAGCAGCGCGACGGCCCCACGCGCGUCGCUCGCGAGCUCUCCGGUCACGCCGGUUACCUCUCCUGCUGCCGCUUCAUCAACGACCGCAGCAUCCUCACCUCGUCUGGUGACAUGACUUGCAUGAAGUGGGACAUUGAGACCGGCCAGAAGGUUACCGAGUUCGCCGAUCAUCUCGGCGAUGUCAUGAGCAUCAGCCUCAACCCAACCAACCAGAACACCUUUAUUUCGGGUGCCUGCGACGCUUUCGCUAAGCUUUGGGAUAUUCGAGCUGGCAAGGCCGUUCAGACCUUUGCUGGUCACGAGUCCGACAUCAACGCCAUUCAAUUCUUCCCCGACGGUCACUCUUUCGUUACCGGCUCUGACGAUGCUACUUGCCGCCUCUUUGAUAUUCGCGCUGAUCGUGAAUUGAACCUCUACGGGUCGGAAUCCAUCCUCUGCGGCAUCACCUCCGUCGCAACCUCGGUAUCUGGACGACUCCUCUUCGCUGGUUACGAUGACUUUGAGUGCAAGGUCUGGGAUAUCACCCGAGGCGAGAAGGUUGGCUCUCUCGUUGGCCACGAGAACCGGGUCAGCUGCCUCGGUGUUAGCAACGAUGGCACCAGCCUGUGCACAGGUUCCUGGGAUUCACUGCUUAAAAUCUGGGCCUACUAA